AUGGUCAUGUGGAAACAGACCCUUAUAGGCACAUCCUGCAACUUCCAAUUCUACCCCGGGAAGUCCACAAGUCAACCCUUCCAGGAGGUGGAGUUAGACAAAGGGGCCCCCAAGUCUGGAGACCUCUGCCUGUUCAAGUUGCAGUCUCCUAAGGAACAGUCCUUCAAGCCCCACGUGGGUGUUUACUGCGGCAACGGAGAGAUCAUACACUUGGAUGCUAUCCCCACAGGCAGGGCCUCCAUCUGGGGUGGACUACAAAGCCUUCUAGGUUACCUAGGUUACGGUGGAGGUGGUGAAGGUGUGGUGUGCAAAGAAGACCUUGGUGCCUUGAGGAGCUCUGGACACCUCUUGCACGUACUUCGCCAAUGCAAUGACGUUAAACCUGAAGAACUGGAGGGCAGGAUGCAAAUAGCUGUGAACAGCAAGCCUCCUCCCUACAAUGACAUCACCAGCAACUGUGUGCACUUUGCCCUGAGGCUGCUGGGCAUGGACUAUGGUCAUAGGGGAAGUGCCGCUGCCUCACUCAGAUUGGCUAGGACACUGAUGCCCAGAAUCUGGCCCCAGAACUUCCUGGUUAGCCCCUUUAUCUGCCAGAUCCAUGGAAACCUGUCCUCUUUCCUCUGGUCACAGAAGACGAACGUCUCAUAAGGAGUAAAGUGUGGUCACUAAAAGGUAAGCAAUGUAGUUAUGAGCUUAGAUUUGAGGGGCGGGUGACAGUAGCCAGAGUCCCCAGAAAGGGAAGGAUGGCUAGAAGAGGUGGACUUCCACUCUGACCUUGCUUUAGCUGUAGGUAUUUUGCUGGGAGCACUGACCCCAAAGCCACUCUUAGGGACACCCUGCCACUGCUUUGUUUCUGAUAGCCAGGGUGACAGAAGGAAGGACUCAGGACUCCAAGCCUGGAUCCCCAACUGGGUGAGGAUCACAGGGAGGCCACAAGCCUUUGGGACCCAUUGUUGUCCACUGAGCUGAGAGAGAGCUAUUCUGUGCAACCCUCUACUGCAGGCAAAUGUGCAACUUCAGGAGCCAACUAGACCUUAGAUAAACCUUAGAUAAACCCUCAGGCCUUGUAAGGAUCACAAAGAGCUCUCAGUGCUUCACAGUGGUCAGGUGAUGCCCAGCUCACCAACAUUAUUGUCCCCAGGUUAUAGAUGAGAAAGUCGAGGUUGAGAGAGAAGGGACUUUUUGAUGUCCCAUAUGGAGAGGGGACAGGUCUCUCAACCUGUAAUCAGCCAUGUAGAGUAGGUUUAUGCACAACACCCAGAUACUGAGCAGCCAGAGCAGGGAGGAAAGGUGAUGAAGCCGGUGGUGAUGACUGGUUUUUCUCUCUCUAG